CAACUUGGUUACAACAAAGACAUCAUCUCAACAACUUUGCCGGGGUUCUCUUCUUUUUCUUGUUUAAGGAAUGGGAGAAGAUCCAAUUCCAGUGCUACUUGUAUUUCGAAAAGAAGACGUCUUGGCUGCAAAUGUCAGUUGGCAGAUCUUGCACCUGUAACCUCUGCUGCCUAUGGUGUCAUUCUUCUUGGCGGUGGCCUCUUUGCCUUUGGUAAAUCAGGAAGCAAGGGGUCACUUUUUGGAGGGUUGACAGGGGCUGCUCUUAUGGGAACGGCUUACUUUCUGAUGCAAGCUCCGGAGACAAAAGCUAUUGGGGAUUCCCUCGGGUUUGGGUCAGCAUUCCUAUUCUCUUCUGUAUUUGGAAUACGAUUGGCAGCUACCCAAAAAUUGAUUCCUUCUGGUCUUCUGCUAGUUUUAUCUAUUUGUGCACUGUCUGUGUUCAUCUCCGCCUAUUUACUGCAGGAUAAUCUCUGAUUAUUGACCGUAUUUAGUCAAUCUAUCAUUUUUGUCAUUCUAAUGUACGAGCUAGUGUACCUUCCAUCAACAUAAGAAGUGUCUUUAAUUAAAAUUUUGCAUUUUGAGUUGAUAUAGAAUCUGAUCUUAAUCAUUGAUUUCUCCUCAGGUUCUUCAUUUCAUUUCUCAAAUAAGCAAGUUAUCUGAAUAUAAUUUAGCAGCUUCACUUUUUCACAGAUAAUUUGCGCAUAUAUAUAUAUAUAUAUAUAUUGUGAUGAGUAAUGGGUUUUUCACAGCUUCAUUUCUUGAUCUCGAUUUUAAUUCUUCUGGUAAUGGUAAUCGAUUGGUAGUAGGACAUGUUUUCCAAGUUAAAUACCAAGAUCUAUGUGAAGAGUGAUUUAGUUCUUCAGCUUUUAGGUGAAACCAUGGGCUAUUUGAUAGCUAGCUUCUUGUAUUAUUUUUUGUUUGCCUGUAUUUCCUUUUCCUCAUAGCUGUUCCAGUGCAUGCUAAGAUAUGUAUGUAUACUUGACCGUGUAAAUGCAGAUUUGACAGGAUCUGGCCAAAAGGGAUCUUGUCAGUGACCAAUGCCUACAUUUUUGUCUUGUUAUUAUUCCCAAGUCAAAUAAGUUGCAUCCCACGCUAGCAAAAUAAGGAUGGCAAUCCAUGUCUCUUUAGCACUGGUCUUGUCUUUGUGAAGCUCAUCUAUUCAUUGGAGUACUAGUCAGAAGCUUCUAGUGAGAUACUGCUGGUGUUGCUUGGUUCAUGAUUAGGGUUGGCAUUGAUGCAAAGUUGAUUUUGUGGAAAAGUCCUUUGGCACUCGAAAAUAAAAAGGAACAGAAAAGAGCGGAAAGAAUGAUGCGGUGUAUCUUCUGCUCAACAAACACACCUAGAGUUUCUGCCACACAAAAUCCCAUUAAAGCGUGAAAGAAAUGGAGUAUACUUGAUGGUCAAACCACUUUCUUGUAUCCCACAUGCUAUCAUUAUAGUGCGCAAUCCACAGCAACUUUUUCUCCUAAGCAUUUCUGAUCUCAAAUUUGAUAGUUUGUGGGACUUGGACAGAAUUAUUCCGACAGAAUUAUGCCAGACAAUUAAGAUAUAAGGUGUAUGCUUUACUUGUGAUUA